CCCCGCCGGACCCCCCGGUACGGCCGAAGCGGCGGCGGCUCCCCCGGCUCCGCCGGCCCCGGCCCCCUCGGCGGCGGGCGGCGGGAUGGCGGCCAAACCGGGCGAGCUGCUGGGGGUGUGCUCCAGCUACCAGGCCGUGAUGCCCCACUUCGUCUGCGUCACCCAGGACUUCUCCCCCCCGGCCCGCCCCGUCAAAACCCCCAAGGGCAAACUGCGACGACCCCGGCAAUCCCGCUUCAAGACUCAACCGGUCACCUUCGACGAGAUCCAAGAGGUGGAGGAGGAAGGGGUGUCCCCCAUGGAGGAGGAGAAGGCCAAGAAGUCCUUCCUGCAGUCCUUGGAGUGCCUGAGGAGGAGCACCCAAAACCUCAGCCUCCAGCGGGACCGGCUGGGGAGCUGCCGCCUCCGCAACAGCCUGGACUCCAGUGACUCGGACUCGGCCCUUUGAGGGCGAUGGGGGCUC